CUCAUUUUCUCGAUCCAGCGGACCCGAGGAGUAUUAGUUGGCUGUAGCGACAGGAGCAUAUAACUGUGGCGAACAAAGCAAAUCAAAAAUGAUUCCGGUGUUGCAGCUGCAGCCGGCGCCCCUCCCCGCUUCCACACCACCACCCGUUGCCCAAGCCGCGACCCACCCGCCGGCGGCGCACCCGAACUGUCGCCAGAAUUUACGCGAACAGGCACUGCAUGCGCUGGAGCACUCGUUACUGCCUUGGGUGCACGAGCGGGCCCGGCGCAUCUGCGCGUUUGCCAACAAGAACUACCAGGAAAAAGGCCGGGGUUGCGUGGUGUUCAUGUUCCAGACGGUGCAGGAGGUGUUCGAGGAGGGCUGGUCUGAGACCUCGCUCCGCUACCUAUCCGAGACCCAGGUGCACGCGCUCGCGAUGAAAACAAACCACAUUCUCAGUGCGUUGGAACGGUGAGUCUUGUCUCUGAUUCAUCUUCAUGCAUUGUUGUGGGUUCCAUGUUUGAAACACCUAACAGGAGAGAUACCAGCUGUCGCUUCAGUUUCGCUCUCAUGUAAAUUUGUUCUUGCUUUCGAAAAAAAUAAACAGGUACAAUCCGUCUCGUCACUGCGUGGUCGUUGCGUUGAUCGCGGAAAUCGCUUUCGACCGGUUUUAUUUCUUGCGCGCGGACGGGAAGUCGUCGCACAGUCGCAAGGCAGCACAGGUACUUGAUUACGUAGCUAUGUACGUUACUGAUUAUCUAUGAUGAAGAUGACCGCGUUCAUCUUUUUUGCUCGGGGUGCGUUCUGAGCUGUAGCUGUAGACGUAGAGGGGGUGGAAGAAGAUGAACUACGUCGAGAGGAUUUUGUCUUGUGCAAAAAAUUGCACAAUUUCCAAAUACUAAUACAGGCCGGGCUGGGGUUUCGGUACAAACAGAUCGAAAACGAGAACGAGGCGGCGCAGGACUACACCUUUUCUGACCGGGACUGCUCCGAGAAAAACGAGAGUGAGAUCAGUUCGACCGUGGCCGAGACGGAGCAGGGCCGACAAGGCUCCUCGUGCAACAAGGACCCACCCACGCCGCCGAUCGCGAUCCCGCCGAAGCACUUGCUCCCUCCGUGCGUGUCCGCGACCAGUCGGCCGUGGGGAGUGUCGGUAAACACUUCGAUUGGCCGCGGGAAGGGGGAGAAUCGUCCGUCUGCGGCAACGACCGGCUUUUUGGCGUCUCGGCAGAGUGCAUCCAAUAACUAUGUCGCGGCGGCGCAUCUUCACGGACAAAAUCACCCCGUGGGUAGUACGAACGUGAUUUGCAGUAGUUCCCGCUGCAGAGGUGGACUUCACAACAGCUCUCGCGGAGGUACAACAGGAGGACAAUUACAAAAAGCAUCACAGCAGAAUAAUAUUCAAGUUACAACAGCGCACAGCAACGGCCGCCGCAGUGUGUGCAGUAACAACACCAGCAGCUCCAACGGGUUGCUUUACCCGUCCUCGAGUUCGCCGGCUCGACAACAGGAGAACUUCGACCACAAGCGAUUGUCAACCACCACUUCCGGCUUGGAAGAUGAGACGCUUUCUACUACGUGCGUAGUUACAACGCAGCAAAGCAGGCAAAGCCCCUCGCUUGAACUGCACGAGUACAACAACAAUGUCGGUACGACGGUCGUGACCACGGCAACAACGGUGGGAGGCGUCACGGAUUUCGUCCUGCCCUCGGCGAGCAGUGCUGGCACCAUCGACUUUGAUAUUGCAGGCCCCGCGGCGGGGACCACAGCUGCAGCAGCGGGUGCUGUUGGGAACAACUUCAAUCUCGCAGGAGUCCCGCCGCCGAGCAGUGUAGGACUCUGCGACCGAGGAGGACAGCUGCUCCACUCGCAGACGGAGUACGACGCCUAUUUUUCGACACACAACCAGUACAACCAGCAAAACAACAAGAAACGAUCCUGGGCCGGCAUGCAGAACAACCACUACAACCGGGCCGCGGCGCUGGCCGCGGAGCAACAGAAUUCGCGCAUGUGCGCCAGCAACUACCUGAACUACUGCAACUACCUGAAUUACACCAAACAAAUGCAGCAGGCGCUUCAUGGACUGAAUCUUGCGCUGGCGUCUUCGUCCUGCGUCCCGACUGGUAUACUGAACCUCGUUUCAAUUUAUGCUGUUGUCUGUUUGAGUACGGGCUUAGAGUUGGUACUUACUCGCUGCUUUUUCACAUAAUCAUGAAUGAUCGAAGCGCAGCUGCGGAGGUCGUGCCAGAAACGAAUGCAUACAAGGGCAAAAAAUGAAAACAGCUCGUCCACUGCUGGCUCCGGUGGUGCCGCUGGCCUCUGCGGUAGUCCCGCAGCCGGUCCCUGCCUGGUUGCCCCAAGCGGCCGUGAGCAUGAACAUGUUGGGUGCGCCGAUCGGCCACGGAGGAAAUCCCCAAGGGGGCAUGCAGCCCUCUCCGUGCUGGGCGACUGGGGCUAGCACGAGCCAUGGCGUUUUGAUGCAGUAGGAUUCUUAGAAAUUCUUUCCUGUUUGUACUGUCAUCUACGGGGAGAUGUCUUGAGCCUCCUCCAGUUUACUGAUAUGAAUUUUGGAGUCUUUAUUUUAUUUGGCUUUAGUGAAGUGAGGACAGAAAGAAAGUGAUUUUUUUUUUCAGAAUUGUGCAUGAAAACUUCAUGGUCGAUGUCGAACAGGCCGUCUCAGGAAUCUAUGCAUUCCGUUGUAUGAAUCUCUUUCUUUAUCAUUGAAGUCGUACAUAGAUUUACGUUUAUCGUUAUCCUGCUAGUGCUCUUUACAAGAAAGUAGGAAAGUGCCUUCAUUCUUCACAAAAAAAUUUGUGCGCUGCAAAAGCGGACAUGUAAAAAACGUGCACAAUUAGGGUAGUGUAGUUACCACAAGAGUAAAUAUGAAGAGUGCCACAAUUGUGAACUUGAACGAAAAUUGAGAAUGCUACAGAUGAUUAGAGAGGCUUUUUUUGGGACAACAAUACGGACUAGUAGAAAAUUGAACGUGAUUAUCCGCCUUGAUUAUCGGUCCUCGCACCGCAAUACGGCUUUCCUGGC